AAAAUUAAAGCGCGAAUUUCUAGCAUAAUCAAAAAUUUAUUCAUAGAAUCUUAAAAGUUAAACUUUACCUUACUUUUAAAGUAGCUUUAUUUUUAAAGGUGUUUAAGAAGUUAGCUUGCUUUUUGCUAUAAAGCAAUUAGCUAGCUGACUUAAAUAAAUAAGUUAUGAAAAAUGUCAAAUCAAGGAGCAGUACUGCAAUCAUACAAUAACGAACUUGUCAAAUGUAUUGAAGAUUUGUGUACAAAGCGAGAUGAACUACACCAUCAAAUAACAAUUGAAGAAGAGGAAAAAAGUAAAAUUGAAAUUGAUAUUUGUAUACUCACUGAUCGACUUGCAAAAGUUACAGAAAGUCUUUCAAAAAAAUAUGCUGCUCAAAGCGAAUAUGACAAAACUAUUUCUGAAACUGAAGCUGCUUAUAUGAAGAUUUUGGAAAGUUCUCAAACCCUUUUACAAGUGCUGAAGCAUGAGAUUGGUAAAGAAGGUGUAUCUAAAAAUGAUCUUCAACACAAAUAAAUCAUUAUUAUUUGAGAAAUAAUUAAAGGAAAUUGUUCUAUAAAAAAUUUGUAAUA